CAACUUCAACAGCGCCCUCAGUCGACAGCCAGCCAAAACAAAGAAAACUGCGUAAAAACAGAGUUCGCGAGUGAAAAAGUGAAAAAUCAGCUGCAAAUCUUCGCCCAAUCGUUUCCAAAACUAGUCGGAAGGAAUCCGAAUUUGAAGCGGCCACAGGAUGCUGGAUCUGGAGGUGGUUCCGGAGCGGUCCAUUGGGACGGACAAUUGGGAAUUUAUUCUGGGAAUGCACUUCUCCCAGGCCGUCGCCAUCAUCCAGUCCCAGGUGGGCAUCAUCAAGGGCGUCCAAGUGCUGUACUCGGACACGACCCCACUCAACGUGGACAUCAUCAUCAACCUGCCCCAGGACGGAAUCCGCCUAAUCUUCGACCCCGUGCAGCAACGCCUCAAGGCGAUCGAGGUGUUCAACAUGAAGCUGGUCAAGCUAAAGUACUACGGGCUGCCGUUCAACUCGCCCGAAGUGGUGCCCUCGAUCGAGGAGAUCGAACACUCGUUCGGGGCGACCCAUCCGGGUGUGUACGACGCCGCCAAGCAGCUGUUUGCGCUGCACUUCCGCGGGUUGAGCUUUUACUUCCCGGUGGACAGCAAGCUGCAGCCGGGUUACGCCCACGGGCUGGGAUCGUUGCACUUCCCCAGCGGAGCGUCCCCGAUCGUGUCCAAGAUGGCACUGUACUGCGGUGGAAGUGUGGCCGAGAGCCGACCGCCGCCACUGCCGUUGUCCUGUUACAACCAGCAGCUGUACCUGGAGUCGGCUACGGUGCUGCGGAACUCGUCGGGAACGCGCGGUUUGCGGCUGCAGCUCUAUACGGAGGGGUCACCACGGGCGCUGGAACCUCGCAAGCAGUGCUUGACGCGGGAGGUCAUCUUCGGGGACAGCUGCCAGGACGUGGCCAGCAAUCUGGGCGCUCCGUCGAGGGUUUUCUUCAAGAGUGAGGACAAAAUGAAGAUCCACUCGCCCAGUGCCCAUCGACGCGUCCAGUCCAAGCGGAGCGAUUUCUUCUUCAACUACUUCACCCUGGGAAUCGACAUUCUGUUCGAUGCGCGUACGCAGCGCGCCAAGAAGAUCAUUCUGCACACCAACUAUCCGGGACAUUACAACUUCAACAUGUACCACCGGUGCGAGUUUAACCUGCAGCUGGCGCCGGACAAGGUCACCGAGGACACCCCGCUCGACUCGCCGGUUUCGGUGUCCGCGUACUGCAAGUGGGACACCAUCUCGGCCCGGCUGGCCCCGGCCGAACGCCCGGUGGUUCUGCACCGCGCCGGCUCGACCAACACGGCCAACGUAUUCGGGUCGACCUUUUGCUACGGCUACCAGGACAUCAUCUUCGAGGUCAUGCCGAACAAUUACAUCGCGUCGGUGACGCUGUACCACCCGGCGCCGUACUCGGAGUCGGCGUACGCCAUCGGCAGCAACGCGAGCAGCGUCAGCAACAGCACCCGGAACCUGCUGCAGGACGGCGGCGGCCCUGGCAGCAAACCGGUCAACAACAUCCGCAUCAGCGCAUGACCAGCUAGCAGCUUCAACGAGCUGAUCCUGGACGGACGAUUUCUGAGCUGCGCUUGAACGUUUAUCAAAUACGACGGUUAAGGAGGUGUGUUUUUUGUCUCUUCUGACUAGCGAUAAGGCUUUUUUUACUACAAAUUGUGCAACUUGGAGUGCGAUCAAUCACGCGUUCCGUGCUGAGCAGAGUACAUUCUAAUAUACUAAUACGCGCAUAUAUUUCUCACCUAGAAUUUCAGCGACAAAUUCAUUACUGUCUAUUUAUAAAGUAUUUAAAAAAUAGAUCAAGAACAAAAAAAUACAC